AGAAUGGACAGAACAUUGGAAAUUUCUGAUUCAAACCCUUCUUUGCAUCAAUUUUGUUGUAUUGCUGCAAUUGCAAUGGGAUCCCUGUUUCCCUGUCUUCCAGAUGAAAUUGGGUGGAAAUGCCUGCUGAACGUGGAGUUGAACUCUCAUCACAACCUCAGGUGUGUCUGCAAAAGCUGGAACGCCGCAUUGAAAAGCCCCCACUUUUAUCAAGACAGAAGAAGAUUAAAGAUUUCUGAGCAACGGAUUUGCAUGCUCCAGAAGAUAAACGGCAUUUGCAACGGAGUAGUGGUAUACGACCUGGUGAAGAACUCGUGCAAAAAUCUACCGCCCGUUCCCGCAGAAAUUAACGGUAUCUUUCAUUGCCAUUUCGUGAAACAAAAACUGGUUUUGAUUACGGAUUUGCUUCGCGACUCUACAAGCAGGUGUGUGUGGUUGUACGAUUUUGCUUGCUCGAAAUGGCGACAGGGUGCCAAAAUGCCAAGAUGGCUAAAUAAAUUUGCCUCCGCAGCGGAUGAGCACGGGGGACUGAUUUAUGUUGGAGGAGGGUAUAGCUUUUAUCCCAAUGAUGUAAAAUGGGAAAGGAAUGGUAGUAGCGCUUUAGUUUACAAUGUGGAGGAGGACAAGUGGGAUUUUCUUCCCGACAUGAAUACACACAUGGCGGAUUGUACAGGUGUUUUUGUUGACGGCAAGUUUUAUGUAGUGGAAAACCACUCUGGGAUCACUUUUGAAGUUUUUGAUUCGUAUACGAGAAGCUGGAAAUCUAUGGUGAAUCGCUGGAAACCUAUGGUGAAUGAAUACGGAAGGAUGUGUCUCCUAAGUGCAUUUGGGGGCUUGUUUUGCUUGUCUUGUAAGGGAUUGAUUGAAUAUGACUAUAGUCAAGAUAAGUUGCACCUUAGAGGGCCAGGGCCUAAAUUCAUGGAGUGGGGACCAAUUAAUUUCGCUACAGAGGUUGGCCAUAACAUCUUUGUGAGCAGCUUGGAUUUCAUUCAUUAUCAAACAUUUUGUAAGCUCGCACCUCCAAGUGAGACAGGAGGAGCAUUCAAGUGGAUUGGCAUUGAGAGACCAUCGGGCCUUCAGGGUACUGCUAUACGGGCUGCUGCCCUGGAUCUUUGACUGUUUUUGAGCUUGGAUUCAUAUUAACUGGUGCUUAGACGGGGCCAUUACCAGUAAGUUUUUUGGCAAACAGUGAACCCUGGUAAUCUCGUCAAAAGUCUUGUAGUCAGACUUUGAAUGUGCAAUGAACACCUCAACAGGCUGUGAUAAGCUAACUCAGUUAAAAAUCUAUAUAUGUUUUGAAGUUUAUCUCAUAUAUUAUUGAGGUUAUUUACUGGUUUGAUAAGUAGAAGUCUUGUAGUCAGACUUUGAAUGUGCAAUGGACACCUCAAUAGGCAGUCAUAAGCUAACUCAGUUAAAAAACUCUUAUAUCAUAUAUUAUUGAGAUUAUUUACUGGUUUGAUAAGUAGAAUUGUUACUCUUGGAAAUUUUUGAACAAUUAUUAUAAAAAAUUAUGUCGUUUUUGUUUUUUA